AUGGAGGACAAAGAAGCAGAAGAAGAAAAAGGAGGAGAAGAGAGGAGAGGCGAGGAGAGAACGAAAGGAAAAGAAGAAGACAAAGAGGGUUUAAAAACGAGAACAAAAGACGAAAACCUACUCGUCCUCGAGACAACAACAGCCGAGAAGGAAGAGAAAAGAGACGACGACGGAGAACUCCGAAACGCUGCUGCUUCCAAUCACGUGGUGCUGGCGAUGACGUCUCCGAUCAAGAGGCGGUUCACGCAGGAGAGCGUAGACGAUGACCAGAAUAUCUCUGUUACGGAGGAUUCUUCGAACAGUAGCAGGAGUGGUUUAAUUGCAGAGGAAAGCGUCCAAGAGGAAGGAGGAGAAGCGGGAGAGCAGAUGAUUUUCUAUCGCGUGUUCGCGAGGUUACAAAAGAAAGAUUUACGGAAAGAACGGUCGGCGGCGAACGAUUUGAAGUUUAUAUCGAGAGUUGGUUUGGGAGAAGAUGAUGAUGGUGGGAGGAUGAGGUUGGUAGAGGCGAGAUCGCGGUCGGAGAAGUUAGACGCGGUGCUUUUGUUAGAUGUGGAUGAUGAGAACGUGGCAUCGGAGGCGGCGGCGGAGACUGGUGAAGGCGAAUCCGCGGAGAAGACGAGCAUAAAGACGUUGCGAGAUGUGGUGAAGAAAAUGGUCGAGAAAGCUAAGACGCAUUUUGAUGAUAACAGCAGCGAUGAAUCCGCGGCGUUGAUCUCUUCGAUUUUCUUGGACGACGCGAUGAAUUCGUCUGUCGCAACCGCUUCUGUACAAAGUAACGGGGCGCUCAUAAUCCCUGUUUCCGCAAAAACGUGCGUGUUAAAAUCGGCAAGGCUGGUUAUCAUCGCGCGCGCAAAAGAGUGGUUGAAAGUUUCGUUUUCUCCCCUUCCUUUCAAUAAUAAUAAUAAUAAUAAUAGGAACGGGUAUAAAUUCGUCGUCUUGGUCAUCACGGAUGCUUACGCUAUGCACAAACAAACAAAAAACGCACUCGCCACGAGUGGGACUAUUGCCACUCUCUUUAGUGACGAAGAGUUUUACUUCGAAGCACUCGCUGCGGGAUCUGUGAGCGAAUUUCGAGAGGCUAUGUGUCGUUUCUUGUAUCGUCACGGAGGCGACGACGAUGGAAACGGACAACCUCAAGAACGAACGUUUUCACUUCUCGAAACAACUUUAAUAGAAGAGGAAGCAGACAGAGAACAGAGAAAAGCAAUACAACGACGGUGCUGCUCAAAUAUUUCCUUUUUCGCACGAAUCUCGGAUGAUUUUCAUCGCGUCGUUAAGAAACGUUAUUGGAGCGAUUUCGCGGACGCCUUUAAAGACGCGCCUACAUUUUUUCGAGCUUUGAACACAAUCGUCUGGCUCUUCUUCAACACUACGGUUCCUUGUUUGGCGGUGGGUUUGGUUUUUACCAUCGACUCCGACGAACGCAUUGGCCUGGAGAGCUUUCUAACCUCCGAAGCUUUGGCAAAUGUGGCAUUUUCGUUGUUUGGUGGGCAAUCCGCGUUAGUAUUUCGGAUAACCGGUCCAACGUUAGCGUUUCUUCAAGUCGUGAGGAUAACCGCGUCUCGAUUGAACGCGCACAUGGUAACGUUCUAUUCCAUCGUCGCCCUGGUCUCUGGCUUAUCGUCUAUGCUCUUUGCCUCUUUUUCGGGUGCGUCGCUGAUUAAAUACGUUGGAAGAUUCUUUGCCGAAUGCCUGCGAAUGUUCGUCGCGGUUAUUUUCAUGUAUUCAUCGAUAAACGCCAUGCGCAACAAAGGCAUGCAAAGCGCGGAAACAGUUUCCGAGUUUCUCAAGUAUUUCAUUUUACACAUUGGAACGUUCAGCUUGAGUAGAAAAAUACAAUCAAUUAAAACGAGUCCGUUUCUAAAGACGACGAUACGGAAAGUCUUAUCCGAUUUGGCGCCGGCGAUUGGUUUAUUGGUAUUUACGGGCGUGAGCUACAUCGCGCCAGACGUGCCGGUCGAUCGAGUCCAUGACGAGAGGUACAAACUGAGUGGCACAAUGUGGCCAACAUAUACGCCCGCAAGGUAUUCCGAGAUGAAAGAUAAUCCAAAAUCAGUACUCGUCGCUUGCUUUUGCGGCGUAUCACUCGCAGUGCAAGUAUUUUUUGAGAGCCAAAUCUCAGCGGUUCUUUCGAACCGACCGGAGAAUAAGCUUAAGAAAGGUAAAUCGUAUCAUUACGAUUACUUUAUCGUCGGGGUUAUAAACGCGUUGCAAGGUUUGUUCGGCCUUCCAAUCGCUAUACCAUCUUUACCGCACUCGCCCAUCCACGCGAGAAUUUCGAGUUUGAGCGUCGAGUAUCAAGAAGAUUACGUGGCAAAAACGCAUAUUAUUUCAGCCACAGAAAACGGAAGAUUUACGAACUUAUGCGCGAGUUUGCUUCGUUUACUUUCCUUAUGGGUUUUUCGUCACGCGUUAUAUGGAGAAAUACCUGUAGCAGCGAUAUCCGGUUUUUUACUCUACAUGGGUUACACGUCCUUAGAAGAUAACGAUAUAUGGAAACGGUUCCUUCUCAUGUUUACGCAAAGAGAGCAAGUGAACCACCGAGCGGAAGAGAGUUUCCGUUUCGUGCGUCUGGGCGUAAUCAACGCGUACACGAUUUUGCAAAUACUAUCCUUUGCGGUCGUCUUUACAGUAUCGCGUUCGACAGAUUUCGAUAAGAAUACUGUGUUACCCGUGGCUACGUUUUAUCCUUUUUUGUUCAUAUUGAUAAUUGUUUUCGCGACGUACGUUUUACCUAUAUUCUUCGCGGAGAAGGAUCUGAGAGUACUCACGAAAGUUACGAGGCGGUUAGUUUCUCCCUUAUUUUGUUAA